AUGAGUUUCAAAGUGUAUAUCAACCAAGGCGAAUGGGACCAGAUCUGUGCCUGGGUUUUAAAACAUAAAGAUAUUCAAACUGGUGGAGAUCUGUUCGGAUUAUGGCUCGAUGAACAAACUGCUGUUGUUCAGUUUGUGCUUGGUCCUGGCAAUGAAUGUAGUAGGACUACCAUAUCAUUCUUUCAGGUAAAUUGUUAAUAUAACCGCUGUACAAUUAUAUGGAAUAGUCUACAAUUACGAAUCCUUCAAAACUUAGAAUUUACCUAUGCAAAAUUCUUACUGUGAUCACAGAAACUUUGAUAGUGUUGAUCCGGCUUAUUCCCUCAUGCAUGGUUAUACAAAGCAUCGAUUCCUCUAUAUAGUUCAUGCUAUGUCUUAUUAUGCCGUAUUUAUACAAAGAUGAACUACGUACGCAAGUUCGUCUGUGAACUAUGCAGAAUUUGCAGAGUCCAUGCAGAGAUGAAAUAUCAGACGAACUACCAUAUAUCUUUUCUUUAUAGCUAUUUAAAGUUCGAGAAGACGGAUAACCCGUCUCUUGUGUACUGUAUGAAAUGGGUUUUUUUUGAGGAAAUGUUUGAGGAAACUGAGUAAGUGUUAACACACGAGUCAAUUUCUCUCAAACAUUUCUUACAAAUCCUUCAAAACCUAGAAUUUACCCGUGCAAAAUUCCUACUGUGAUCACAGAAACUUUGAUAGUGUAAACCAGCCUUUAGUUAGUGAAUUUUCACAUCCGCAAACCAAGUUAAGGACUAUUGCCAGUGAAGGUCGCACUAUUCCAGCUAGUUGUCUUGUGUUUACAUAACAGAGGCAUGAUGUGUGUCUAGUGUAAAUGAUAUCAGGAGCUAUUUAAAAAAAUAAUUUUAGUUACCAAGUAUUUGUUAUUUAUUUAUUUAUUACAGGUAAACUACGUGAAGCUUUCCUCUUUCGAGUUCCUAACUUGAUUGCAAUUUUCCGCAUUACCUUUGCAAAUUUGAAAAACUCCCUUGCGGGAAUUCGCAGCGCUGUUAAGAGCCAAAUAAAUUUUCCUCAGUUCCUGUUAGAAGUUCUUAACUUCCUGUUACAACUUCAUAACUUCCUGUUCUGUUGUGUGCGUUGCAAUUGGCUAACAAAAAUAAUCCACCAAUGACAACGCUCAGAACAGAACAGGAAGUCAGGAAAUUAGAACAGGAAGUUAGGAAAAUUUGAAAGGAACUUUCUUUGAGUUGGAAUAUUGCAACGGCCGACAGGAAAAUUGCAAAUUCCCUCAAGGGAUUUGCAAAGAGUUUUUCAAAUUUGCAAAGCUAAUUAUGAAAAUUCCAAAUCAGUUAGGAACUCAAAAGAGGAACGCUUUACGUAGUUUACCUGUAAACCCCACACUUGUGAUUUUCGUUUCCUGAAGUACGUGAAUGAGUUAGGAAUAUUUAGAUGAGGGUAUACAGAUACUCAGAGCAUUCAACUUAUUUGCUCGUAUUCACAACCAUCAGAAGAAAAUCGCAAUAAAAAUCGCAGCAAAACGUGCCAUUAAGUUUUUAUUGCCUACUUCCAGGAUGUGGACUAUCUACGUGAAGCUGGAACGUACUUGACCAAACAUCAUGGCCUUUGCAAUGUGGGCCAGUGGCACUCUCAUCAUAAAAUAAACCUCUUCAAACCAAGUGUGGGAGAUGAGAAUACUGUAUGGAGCAAUAUGCCCAACUUGGGAUUGGAUAGAUAUAUUGUCUUUAUUGCAAAUAUACCUAACCAAGUGACAAUUAACAGCUUUUUGUUUCAAGUCAAGGAGGGCCAGGAACUUCCUGUUAAACAUGGGAAAUUUAAAGUUCUACAUGGAAACAGUCCUUUGCGUCUAAAUGAAAAGGUUUUGCAAAAUGUCCAUAGCGGGGCAGAGAGCUUUAAUCAGAUAACCAGGUUUGAAAAAGAAAUGAAGUAUAUACGAAACGAGGACGCGAUAGAAAAUCUCGAUAUUUCCAAUGAAAAUGAAACCAGCAGCUACACACUAGGAAAUAGAGUGCAACACGUUACAAGUGUUCCCACUGAAGAACAGAAACAUACGAAUCGUACGACUGGUAAAAAGACAACAAGUUACGCUGGAACUGUUCAAAACACAAGCAAAACAAUAAGACACGAGAUACAUCCGCAGCAUGUCCCAACGACAACGCCUUCACGUGACAACGAAGAACAGUUACGCAACACUGCCGAACGGAACACACCAUUGAGCGGGCAGCAAAAGGAAAAGAAGCCGGUCGUUAGGGUGACAAGCUCUGAAAUACCAUAUGAAAAAAGAACAGUCACACUAGAAAGAAAAAAUGACCAAAAACAAAAUUUGGGUGGUGCAGUUCCAAGUGAUGACAACCAAGGCAAUGCUCAUCAUGGUAACACCGACUUUGGCAGGGGUAGCAUGACUUCAACUACCCCUCGAACCGACCAACAAUUUCGCAGUGAUGCGAAUAAAGCUUUUAACUCUGCAGAAUCGAACUACGAGCUAAACACGAGAGCAACACAGACGGGACACAAUCCUGCAACACGUAACAAAUUUGAAACAAGAAAAAGAUACGUUGCAAGACAAGUAACACCUAUAGAUCAAGUUAACAAACAAGAUAUUUCAAAUCAACCAGGCUGGGUAUCGCUGGACCAACAAAAAAACUUGGAUCAAGUCAGCCAUGGAACCACAAAAGCGACGUCUGCCGGCCAGAAACGUGCACAAAGAACGGUUACAUAUAAUGGUGGCCACCAGACAGCAAUCAUACAUCAACUUGAUGUCCGUGGAGUCAGCUAUUAUGAUAAUGUUGAAAAGACAGAGCCAGCAGCAACACCUAUGGAUAUAGACGAAACUGAAACCACUAUUACAGGGCAUGACGUAAACAGGUCAGAUACGCCUUCAGGAACAAUAGAAAACAUUGCAAGUAAUGAUCAGGUUGCUGACUCGGAUGAUGAUGAGAUGCGUCUAUGUGGACUGUUUAAAAAUAGGAAAAUAAACGGCAGUGAUAAGUGAUAAACGUUUGCAAAUAUAAUGAAGGGCAAUGGGCUCUUUACGUAAUACUUAGUACAAUAAUAGCGUAUGAAGUCACGAUUCAGUAUAUAAGAAUGUUAUGUUUGUCUUUUCAUUGUUUUCAAACUGUUAGUGUUCGCCAUGGCAUACAGUCACUCAUUGGUUUGACAUAUUUCCAUUUACACUUGCAAUUUCUGCUGCAAUUUUCGUCUUCUGAUGGAUGUGAACGAGUGAUGAGUUAUGUCUCACUGAUCUACCCUCAUCUGAACAUUACUCGGAACAUUCAUAACUUAAUUGCUCGUUCACAUGCAUCAAAACAAGAAAUUCGCACUAGAAAAAAUUGCAAGUGUACACGGGCCUUAAGAACUUUAUGCAAAGGG